GAGGCAAGGAAUCUUUGCAGUAUCUCACUUUGGGCUAUCGGCAUUGUCGAACUUUCGAAGCAUUAGUGGCACUGGCCCUUAAAAUACCUACCAUAGUUUGCUACCAGAAUUUCAAGUUGGUGACCUGCUGUCAUGAAUUGAUCUUGUAUAUUUGUAAACCCUAGAACUUAGAAGUAGAACUUUUUUUCCUAUAAAAGUACUAUGUGUAUUUGAGGCUGAGGGUCUACCGUUUACCUAUUUUGAUCGCUGACGGGACCUGUCCCAGGAUCGUUUGACGGAUGAAUUGAAAAACUUUUUAGCUACCUAUACAAUUUUUUAGCUACCUAUUCAGGCUAUUGGACUUGGAUGCAGGAAAGUGCAGAUUUCUUAGCCUCAGCUUCCUAGGCUCCUAGCACCUACGCCACCUAGUACCUAGCUAGCAGAAAUCUUGGUAUAAAAUGGCAGGUCGUCCUAAGAGGAAGGGACCAGAGCUCAAGUUUGUCAUCAAUGAAGAACCAGCAGCCAAACCGGAGGUGCCCCGCGGCCUUGACUCCAAAACCAGCAUCACCGUGGAGGGGCAAGAAAUCAAUGUUGAAGCACGAGAACUCGUGAGCCUGGGAGAGCUUGGACGUGGGGCUUUUGGUGUUGUUGAAAAAAUGAAACACACUCCAUCCAACACAAUCAUGGCAGUUAAGCGCAUCACAAGCACAGUGGACAUGAGAGAGCAGCAGUGUAUGCUUAUGGACCUUGACAUCUCGAUGCGCACUGCAGCCUGCCCAUACACAGUGCACUUCUAUGGGGCCCUGUUCCGAGAUGGCGAUGUCUGGAUAUGCAUGGAAGUCAUGCUCACAUCCCUAGAUAAAUUCUACCCUAAAGUCUAUGCCACCCAACAAGUCUUCCCUGAAGAGUAUGUAGGGAAAAUCGCUUACUCGGUUGUGUGUGCGCUGCAUUACCUGCACUCGAAGCUGCAGGUCAUCCACCGCGACGUGAAGCCAUCCAAUAUCCUCAUCAGCCGCCGGGGCGAGGUUAAGAUGUGCGACUUUGGCAUCUCGGGAUACUUGGUGGACUCAGUGGCCAAGACUGUGCAGGCUGGGUGCAAGCCCUACAUGGCGCCUGAGCGCAUUGACCCACAGGGGGACCCGUCUCGCUACGGCAUCCGGUCGGACGUGUGGUCCCUGGGCAUCUCAAUCGUGGAGAUUUGGGCAUCGGCUAAAACGAUC